GUGGGGAUGGAUAUGCCCUCCAGGACCAAGUUUGCGUACAGGUCCGCUCAUACAUCCUUACCCAGAAGAUGUUCCAUCUGAGACAUUGGUACAAGGCGAGGUUUCCCCUAAAGGAGCUAAAGAGAUGCCAUGUGACCCAGAAGGAAAAACCCAUUCUUACUCUGUUUACUAAGGAUCCGUGUCCUCUUUGUGAUGAAGCAAAGGAAACACUUACACCAUAUAUGGAAAGGUUUGUUUUAGAACAAGUGGACAUCACCCUUCCUGAAAACUCAAUCUGGUACGACCGAUAUAAAUAUGACAUUCCUGUGUUUCACUUCAAUGGACAGUUUCUGAUGAUGCACAGGGUAGACCUUAAGAAGCUGGAAAUGUCCCUUAGUAAACUGGAGCUGCAAAAUAGAGAAAACUGAUCGAUUGGUAUUAAUUAUUCUGCGUUAAUGUAUGUUAAUGUAUGAUUGUUUAACAUGUUGCCAUGAGCUUUUGCACUUUGCACCUCAUCGUUACAUUGCCUUAUUGAGUAAAGCUAGCCAUACAUGGUUCAGUUUUUUCAUUCAGCCAGCAGGCUGAUGGUGAAAUCCCCACUUCAGAAUAAAAUAGCGCAGCUGGGAGACUCCCCCGCUGUCAGAAUACACAGAUCAGUGCAGCAGCCGAUGAUCGAGUGGCUUUUAUCUGACAGUGUUUGAACCGAAGUCGAUCAGUAGAUCGACUCCUUUUCAACUGUAAUGGCCACACAUUCAAUCCACCAAUGGCCACCUUAGGACAGAUGAUGUACAUUAUCAAUAUUAUUAUGUUCACUAAAGCAACAGGGGCAAGUUAAACAAUUGCUUUGAAUGGCAUUAGCUAAAAAAUGGCAAUACUGCAAAUAAAAAGUACAAAUGUUAUUCUUCAAUUUGACCUAUUUAAAAUGACAUGAAUGUCACAAUUAUGGUAUAAAGCAAUGUAAAGUUAUUUACAAAUUAAAUUAAAUGUGUGACUUCUUUUUCAAA